GCCCAAGACCCCCUCAGCGCAAACCCUAGUCCCCCGCGCGGCCCCACUUCCACUCCGACAAGAUGAAAGAAACGAUCAUGAACCAGGAGAAACUGGCCAAACUUCAGGCACAAGUGCGCAUUGGUGGGAAAGGACCUGCUCGCAGAAAGAAGGUGGUUCCCAGAACAGCCACAGCAGAUGGUAAAAAACUGCAGUUCUCCUUAAAGAAGUUAGGAGUGAACAAUAGCUCUGGUAUUGAAGAGGUGAACAUGUUUACAAACCAAGGAACAGUGAUCCGUUUUAACAACCCUAAAGUCCAGGCGUCUCUGGCAGCAGAGACAUGUCUUCACCACGCUGAGACAAAGCAGCUCACAGAAAUGCUUCCCAGCAUCCUAAACCAGCUUGGAGAGAACAGUCUGACUAGUUUAAGGAGACUGGCUGAAGCUCUGCCCAAACAAUCCGUGGACGGAAAAGCACCACUUGCUACUGGAGAGGAGGAGGAUGAAGUCCCAGAUCUGGCGGAGAAUUUUGAUGAGGCAUCUAAGAACGAGGCAAACUGAA